AUGGGAAGCUCUGGAAGGGAUUUGAAGAUAAUCCGGUCGGACUUCUUCUUUGGCACGGGGAGUGGGAAAAUCCCCGUUGAUAUGGCGAAAGACAGCGGUGACCGAAGAAAGCAAAAUUGCGAUAAAUGGACACCGGAGGGAGGAUCUGGCGACAGUCUCCGGGAGACAGCAGAGACCGAAAGAGAGGAUGAAGCUCGACGAAUCGGGGGGGAAGCUGAGGUUUAG